UCGAUUUAUUAUGAUUGUUUCGCAGAAUAUACCUGAAGAUAUGAAAUUGAAUUUAUUAAUAUCCUGUAUAGUUGUUGUGUGCGGAGUCGCACAUUCCUGGUAUCAACAGGAUGACGAACUGGUUGACCUGAUAUCAAGACGAGUGGUUGACAUAAUGGAAGAAGAAAUGAAAAUUCCGUUAGUUUACCUGCACACUUUGAAAAUAGAAAAAGAGGCAAAACUCGGGGAUGGUUCCCGAUUCUUUCUCACAUUUGAAGUGGCAUCUCCAAUAGACGGAAAUAAGAUAUGCGAUGCCGUGUAUGUGGAAGACACCAAAUCAGUACCUUAUUACGAGUGUUAUGAACCAGAAGAGAUUGACGAGCCUGAGGAGGGAAUCGACGAUUCAGAUCCUUUCGUGUACGAAAGGGAUGACAUUCCUCUUGAUGACGGGGAGGCUGACGACGAUGAUGAUUCACAAUAUGAUGAUUGCUCGAGUGAAGACAGAGAGAGCUUGCUCAGGGAAAUCGUGCACGACUUAAAUAAACAAGUUGACGAAACAAACGAUGAAUUUGAUAUGCCGGAUCCACUUGGAAUGGAUAUGGGCGAUUUCAAACAAGGUCAUUUCGAAGGAGCAUCGAUAUCAUCAUGCAAAAAGAUGGAAGUACAAGACGGAAUGAAAUACAAAGUAGAGAUGAAGGCAAAACAAGACCACGUGAAGGAGACAUGUCAAAUCAUUCUGGUAGGAAAAAUCAAUGCACUCAAGAUCACCAAAAACCAGUGCCAAGGCCAGAACUGAGAACAUGAAGAUGGCGAAGAUUUAUUUUGUAGUGGAUUUUGAUCAGUGUUCUGAAACCAUUUUUUUAAUUAUGACUAUUAAUCAUUAGCACUAACAUGACAAAAUACAUAAUAAUUCAAGAUGCU